AUGGAUGUAAGCGAAACGGAGGAGCUGGUUAAAAAGACCGGUGCGACGUCCAUUAUUUGGACUUGGUUCGGAUUUAAGACGUCCGACAAACAGCAGCAAACUAUACUUUGUAAAGUGUGUGGGGCAACAGUUCUGGCUAAGAAAGGAAACACAACCAAUCUUUUCUACCACCUCAAAACCAAACAUGCUACUGAAUACCAGCAUUGCCAGGCAAUGCAGCCAAGUUCCAAUUCAAAGAACGCAGGGCAGCGUCAGAUCCAACAACAACAGAUCCAGACCUCCAUCCAGAAGGCAUUUUCAAAAGAGAGGCGCGGCUUUAAAGCCAUGAUCAAGGCUAUUGAUCAACGUUACGAAGUGCCAAGCCGCAAGUAUUUCACAGAAACGGAGAUGCCAAAAUUAUAUGCCGAGUUCCGCGAAAAGGUUCAAAAAGAGCUGUGUGACUUGAAAUACUUUGCCACUACAACGGACCUGUGGUCCAGCCGUACCAUGGAGCCCUUCAUCAGCCUGACCAUUCACUAUAUAGCGGACGAUUGGAAUCUUGGCAGCCGGUGUUUGCAGACGUCGUACUUUCCUGCUGAACAUACGGCCGAGGAGAUAGCACAUGGACUCAAGGAAUCGCUUGAGUCCUGGGGUUUAAAAGAAGAACGCCAAGUAUGCAUCACUACUGAUAAUGGAACGAACGUGGUCAAGGCAGCGUCUCUGAAUGAUUGGACCAGGCUGCAAUGCUUCGGGCACAGGCUGCACCUCGCCAUCGAAAAAAGUGUGAAAGACCCCCGAAUUGACCGUGCUGUUGACUUAUGCAAGAAGAUUGUGAGUGCCUUUUCACACUCUUGGAAAAGAAGAAAAGAGUUGAAAAAAGCCCAGGCAGAGUACCAUCUUCCCUUUCAUCGGCUCAUCACAGAAACACCAACAAGGUGGGGGUCACGCCAGUUGAUGAUCCAGCGGGUGCUUGAACAAGAGAAGGCCCUAUCACAGGUACUGAAAGUAAACAGGAAAACCAGACACCUGGUACCCACUUGGCAAGAUAGAGAUGUCUUGGAAUCUAUAAGCAAGACCCUCGGCCCACUGCUGGAAUUCACAGACGCGCUGUCUGGAGAAGAGUAUGUCAGUGUGUCGUACAUCAAACCCGUUCUCCAUCUUUUCAACAACACUGUUCUUGCUGCAUCUGAUGAUGACACAGAGCUGACCACAGACAUGAAAAAAGUCAUCCUGGGGUACUUAAACAAGAAAUACUCAGACCCAGAAACGGUUGACCUGCUGGAUAUGGCCUCCUUGGUCGACCCACGGUUCAAAGGUAAAUAUAUAGCUGAUGACCACCAAGAGUUCAUCAAGACCAGAGCGGUAGCAGAAAUUCUGUCACUGUUGGAGGUGCAAGCUGCAACGGUCACAGAGCCACACACAAGCACAGAAGCUGCAGCUGAUGGUGCUGAAGCUGCUGAAGUAGCUGUUGAGAGGCAAUCCAAGAGGGUGAAACGGAGCCUGGGAAGCUUUUUCAAAAAGGCCUCCGAUGGCACAGCUGCUCUCGCUGACAGAGAGGCCAUCGAAGUGGAGCUAAAAAGUUACCUGCAGACAAUGAAGGUUGAUGGAGAGACUGACCCACUGGACUGGUGGCGGGUGUACCAAGCUAAUUUUCCAAGGGUGGCAAGACUGGCCCAGAAAUAUCUCUGUAUCCCGGCCACAAGUGCUCCUUCAGAAAGGGCAUUUAGCAUUGGUGGCAACAUUGUUACAUGCCACCGGUCUCUGUUGAAGCCAGAGACUGUGGACAAGCUUGUGUUCCUGGCAAAUAAUCUUUAG